GGGCCCCCUCAGUGUCCAGCUUUCAAUUGGGAAUACGAUUGGAUUCCAAACCCAACGGCCCUGUCACGCAGCACCACAUAGGAAGCACCCACCCGGUCGGGGAGGUCAACAAGUCGCCCAAAAUGUCAACUUUUGAGGGCUGCAUGCCACCUUGACUUCUCCUGACGGCGGCCGACAUUCCCAACUCCCUCCGGUCUCUGACCGUGUGCUUCUCCUUCCUCCCUCUUUACAUAGCCUCCGGUCUCGACUCCUCCCCUUCCCCUCAUACGCCUCUUCCUCCUCGCAGCGGCCUUUAAGCUGAGCAUGGACCUGGCCGCAUGGCUCAAUGCUCCUUCCCUCGAUCUCGGUCUCCACGUCGGCGACGGCAAGCUCUCCGUCGAAGAAGACGACGGGAAAGAGGUGAGCUUGCGACCUCGGCCACGAUUACGGUAUGUGGUGCGUAGAGAUCUGAUGUCGACUGUCUUGGACCAGGUGAGGGCGCUGGAGGCCGAGCUGGACCGCGUGACCCAGGAGAACAAGCGGCUCAAGGAGAAGCUCGCGGCCAUGGCGGCGAGCUACGGCACCCUCCGCAGCCAGAUGGCUGAUCUGAUAUCCAAGGCCUCGUCCGAGGGCGCGUCCGUCUCUCCCGGGACGAAGAGGAAUAGACACACCCUCGAUUCCUUCUCCCCCGCCCCCGCCCCCGUCCCCGCCGCCGCCGCUAGUCUUGGCACGAACUGCAUCAGGAACGAGGCGGAGAGCACGUCGAGUGAGGAUUCGUUCAAGCGAGUCAAGGAAGAGAAUAAGCCCAAAGUUUCGAAGCUGCACGUUCGCACUGAUCCGUCCGAUUCGAGCCUCAUCGUGAAAGAUGGGUAUCAGUGGAGGAAAUAUGGCCAGAAGAUUACCAGAGAUAACCCGUGCCCGAGAGCGUACUUCAGAUGCUCUUUUGCUCCAGCUUGCCCUGUCAAGAAGAAGGUAACCGAACCACCGAUCGAGCAACAGCUCCUUCAUCCACGGAACCCACGAACUGAUCCAGCUUCUUGCUAUCUAUUGUCUCGCAGGUCCAACGAAGCGCAGAGGACCCGUCGUUGUUGGUUGCCACCUACGAGGGCGAGCACAACCAUGGCCGGGCUCCUCAUCCUCGAGCUCAACAAGCGUCGGGCCGCAGCAGCUCGGUCACCAGCCAAUCUCCCGCACCGUCGACGAGGCGACCGCAGGAGGCCGAGUCGCCGGAUCUGCAUGCGGGACUGGUGGAGCAAAUGGCUGCGACGCUGACGAACGAUCCGGUCUUCAAGGCUACUCUGGCCGCUGCCAUCUCCGGCAGGAUGCUCCGGUCAUCUCCUCCCAAGUAACAGCCCUUGUUCCUGUAAAUAGGAAUCUUUUGUUAGCAGGAGAAGAAGUUUGAUUCUGAGAUUGAUGUUGUCGAGUCGAUAAUCAAAGAUUCGAGUUCCAGAUCAA